GAAUGUUAGAAAGAAUCUUCUUUUGUCUACGCCGUACAUUUAACGUACGUAGCGUGUGACGUAAGCAAUUCAAUCUGCACAGCAAACAGCAGUAGCCCCGAUAUUAUAUUUGUCACUUGUCUGCAAAUUAAUGGGAGAAAUGCAGAAUGCUUAGAUUUCCAAUAUUUCGACGAUCACUUGGAGCCUUAAGGCAUUAUUUACCAGCACCAUAUGCUUCUCGAUUUACAUAUUCAGGGCUUCGCUACCUUGCAAGUAUCCCUAAAUUGACUGAUGCAUCAUCUAUUAUACCUGUACUAGACACAAUCGAGGAAAAAACACCAACUUCAUAUAAUGCGUUACUAAAAGAGCUUGCUCUUGAAGGCCGUUCAAUGCAGGCUCAGACGGUUUAUGAUAAAAUAUUCAGAAAUCAUGUGAUCAAGGCCAACAUUGAUACAUACAGUUAUCUGAUGAUGGCUUACUUAAACGAUGGAAAAUACAGUGAUGCCAUGGAGAUCUAUUAUGAGCUACGAAAUUAUGAAGAUCGAUCACCGAGCAGCUCGUCAAAGGAUUUACGACUAGAUUCUAGUGUGUAUGAAACCAUGAUAGAAUCAUUAACCAAAGCCGUUGUGGAAAAGAAGAUCAUUGCUAAUCAAGAAGAGCCUAUAUAUGAAUACACUGUAGGUGAUGGCGAUUCGCUUAUAUUAACAAAUGUUGAAGGGGAUUCCAGCACUUCUUUGUUGACAGCUUUAACAUUAUUUAACGAUAUGCGACAUCUUGAGAUACCAGCGACAUCCAAAAUGUAUCUUUGUAUGCUAAAAGCAUGUAAGGAGCAAAGAGAUGACUAUGUGCUUAGAAAAGUACACAAGCUCAUUCGUAUGGAUCCUCAUCUGGACCCUGAUGCGAAUAUCAUAAACCACUUAAUGGAGGCUUACUAUGCAGUAGGGGAUAUCCAUGCACUGCUAGAUGUCUGGGAUGUAGCUGAGGCUGUCGGUGGAUUUAAUGAAAUAACAACUUCGAUUGCUUUAAGAGCGUGCGUCAGUAUAGGAUUUACCGCGAGAGCAAACCAUAUUUGGGAUAUAAUAAGCAAUAGAAAAAAUAAUCAAGUUCAACCUGAUGACUUUAACAAAUAUUUAGAGUUCUUACUGAUGUAUGGAGAUGCUCAAAAGGCGAUCACAUUACUGCAGGAAGGGAAAGCCAAAGGAGUAGCCAAUGAAGCCAGUGUAAAUAUUUGGGAGAAAUACCAGAGAAUUCAAUAACGACUCUUCAGAUACAUAUACAAUAAACAACCCCUUU